CAUAUAGGAAAGGUACCCCCGCCUCAUUCCCGGAAAUAGCCCUCGCUAAUCUGGUCCAUCAGAUUAUCUUAGUGUCCUUUCAAUCGCACUUAAGGGCUGUGAUGAAUUCUUUCAAGUCUACAAAACCGACCAUAUUUGACAUCUGAUCCCUCUCGAAGAACACGCAACCGGAAAAAAAAAGGCGAAGAAAAGACAGGAAAAAGGAAAUGCACAGCGUCUUCUCCGCCGACGAUUUCACCGACCCCUUCUGGCAGGCUACGCCGCCGGCGCCAGCAAUCAACAGAAACCAAUCCGAGUGGGACCUGGAGAGGUUCCUUCAGGAAUUCCCUUCCUCCGGUUCCUCCUCCGCCAGCAACAGCACGACCACAGUGCCGUCGCAAUCGCCGCCAGCGACGAAGCCGGGGAAUUGCAACAGCGAUGUGAUGGAGAUCAGGCAGCAGCCCCCACAGCUUCAUCCUCAUGCUCAUCAUCCUCCCUCCCAACCUCAUCAAUUCCCUCAACCACUGGAUCACGCUCCCAUGGCUACGAUCGAUACGGAAGAGUACCGGGUUUUUCUCAAGUCCCAGCUUGAUCUGGCGUGCGCCGCCGUGGCUAUGACCAGGACAACGGCUGUGAAGCCUCCUGAUUUUUCUCCUUUGCCUGAGAAUCAAGUUCCAGUUACAUCUGCUAACAAUUUCCACUUGGGAUCACAACUUCCAGAUGAUGUUAAUCCACAGGUUAAAAUCAAGGGUGCAUGUUUGAGUAAGCCAAUUGCACAGAGUGAGGCUGACCGUGGGUCACCUGGAAUUCCGUCAUUACCCACGGUGCAAAAGAAACAAGAAGUGCUAACUAGGCAAACAACUAGUGGCUCAUCAAGGGAUGAUUCAGAUGACGAUGAUCUUGAAGGGGACACUGGAACCAAUGGAGGUCCUACUGACGUGAAGCGUAAAAGGAGGAUGCAGUCGAACCGAGAAUCAGCUAGACGCUCUCGAAGAAGAAAACAAGAGCAACUCAAUGAACUUGAAACACAGGUUGGUCACCUCAGGGAUGAACGUACUACGCUUUUGUCGAGGCUCACUGAUGUGAAUCACAAGUCCGAUGAAGCUUCUGUUGACAACAGAGUCUUGAAGGCUAAUAUUGAAACAUUAAGGGCAAAGGUGAAGAUGGCUGAAGAACAGGUGAAGCGGGUGACAGGUUUGAACCCAUUGCUCUUGGCAAGGUCUAACGUUGUAGUACCUAACAUGGGGAUGCACCAAUACCCUGGCGGCAUCCAGGCAAACAUGGAUGCAAACGAGUCCUUUCACCGACCACUUCCAAAUAUGACUCCAGCUCCACAUCUGCAACCAAUAAACAACAGCGGCUUUGGCAACAAAUACAUGGGUUCCAUAGCCGGUUCUGGUUCCCAUGCUCUUAAUGGAAUGACUAAUAUUAGUGGAAAUGGAAUGAACUCUACUAUGAUGCCACACAUGCAGAAGCUUAUUGGUCCAGGUAUCGAGCAACGACCAGCCUUGGCUGCGGCAAACACCUCUGGACAUCCCCAUCUUGGAGGAGUGGCCAAAGUUGACAAAAAGAAAUGAAGGAUGCUGAUGACGUUUUGCUGUGAAAUAGUUGGGAGGGAUGGGUGGCAUAUGUUCUUAGGGCUUGCAGUAUCGAAUUUGAAAUUAAUCUUAUAUGCAGUGGCUGUUGUGUAUCAUCGUCCUACAUUUUUAUAAGUGAUUCAUGUAGCUUAAGUUAUCAACUUAUCAUAGACCAGACCUGCUCAAGUAUCCACACAAUGGCGAUGAUUGUUCUCUAUGGUCACUCUCAUGUCUUAUAAUGCUGGUAUAAUUCAUUCAUUUUAAGAUAAUGCAUCGGUUUCCCUUCAGACAGCUCGGUCCUACGUGGAAAGUUACUUGUGGAAAAAGGUAGGGCUACCAUAAAGCUCCAAGUUGAAUAUCAAUCAUGUAUCCCUAAUCUCUAUAGCAUCAGAAUCAACAUAUUUUUCUUACCCC